AUGACAAACGCUUUAGUAACGAAAGUGGAGAAAUGUUCGAGCUGUCCAGCUCACUAUCCAGCAGCUUGUUUCGAACUGUUCCAUGCUUCUACUGCUUCAUACAUCGUUGCUGCUAUGCAGAUGUUCAUGCUAGUAAUAAUGGGUCUCACCUAUUACGCGCUCGAAAAGCACGGCUACUUUGUGAAUGUGGACGCUUUUCGUCCUGUGGUCGCGUGUAUUGGGACACUUUAUGCCGGCGGAGUGAUUUGUGCGAUUGUUGGAGUUAGUAGGGAAAGAAAAACUCUUGUAAAUGCUCAUAUCACAAUUGUCACAGCUCUGAUGGUGUUCACUGACAUUAUUGCGAUCUCGGUGGUGUUAAUUAUGGCAAUCGGUAACCGAAGCAAAUUCACACACAGUCUUCCUGGGCAUUUCGUCGAUGAGCGCAAAUUUUACGCCGUGUUGGGACCUUUCUGGAUGUAUCUAGGAGCAAUCACCCUACAUAUUAAUGUAGCCGUCAAUAUGUGUUUCCUGCAGGUGUUGAACACCUUCAUUUCGUUUCUCGAUGAUAAAAUGACUCCAACAGGCUCUUCGCUUGAUCUUAAGCGGGCUGAAGCUAGGAUAAAGUCAGAGGAAAAUGCGAAGAAGUGA